AUGGGAAGUAUUGUUGAUUACUGUAUCGUACAGUUUUAUAUAUAUUUAAAUUCUGAAAACGCAGUGGGAUUCUUAUACGUGUGUGCAGAUAAAUUUUGGUAGUCAAAACAAUAAUAACUCUGUAAAGUAUUCUGCUUGAUCGGUUUCAUAGAUGCUCAAUGUUUCGAGUUGUUGAUAUCUUAAAUUAAAAUGUCACAACAAAUAUGGAACACAGCGAUGCUAUGUACAGCUGUUGAAUUUAGAAAAUCUUGAAGCGAUGCGUUCGUUUUGAAAAGCGGCAAAUCAUUCAGUAAUAAAAGUUUCAAAUUUUUACAAACAUGGCGAAUGUUCAAGCAGGAGAAUACUCUUCUGAUGAGACUGGGCGAUCUGUGCAAUCAACUGAAGAUGUUGAAUCGGAAUAUACCAGCUGCAAUGAAUCAAAGAAAAGAGGCAGAAAACCGAAGCAUCGGUCAAAAUUGAAGUCUAAAGCCAAUAUUUCAGAAAAAUCUGGAAGCAAAAAGAAAUCCAAUCGCCGAAAAAGUAGCUGUGAUGAUAGUAGGUAUGAAAGUGAUGAUAUGAAGAACAAGAUGUAUGAUAAUAAUGACUCAUACUUGAAAGUUGAUAUCAAACAUGAAGUACUGUCUGAUGAUGCUCAUUCAGCCAUGUCUGAUAUUAACCCACCUUCUCUCUUAACACGUUUGAGGCAACGAAAAUUAGAGAGGCGUAGAGCUAGUCGAGGCACUGCCAGUACUGCAAGUACAUGUAGCACACUUGAUUCUGAUGUAAGAAAAACUCAAAGUGAGCCAAUUUUAAUCACAAUUGAUUCUGAUAGCGAGGAAGAUGAGGCUCCUACUGUGACAGUGCGACCAAACAGAACAGCCAGAGUUCAUGGUGAAAUUGUGCGAAAAUUCUCUAAGCUUACCCGUUCAAAUGUAGAAGGUUGUAAGUAUGCUGAAACGACUGAAUAUGAUUCUGAAGAUGAAAAUGUUGCAAAAAAGAAGCGAAAGAGAAGAAAGAAGUCUAUAAAACUAAUGUCAAUAUCCCCUGAAAUGAAUAAACCUGUAUCUAGUCGUAGCGCUAAUAAGCGAAAACUUGAUGCAAAGAAACUUGGAAAAACUCAUAUUCAUGUGUAUACCCCACUUAAGCAAACUCGUCGAUUAAAAAUUAGAAAUCUGCGUAAACGCUUUGAACAAAGACAGAAAAAAAUUACUUUAAGUAAAAGAGCUGAGGUAUUUUUACGAAGAACAUCAUCACGGCUCAGUGCAGUUUCUGCCGAUAAAAGGCAGAGUCCCAGAAGAAGUAGUUUAACAACAGGACUAGGAACUAGUAAUGAGGAAAAGGAGCCUGCAAAAGUGGGCAGACCAAAACGAAAAGUUAGCAGCAGCCAAAUAAAAAAUAAUAUUAAAGAUGAGAAUGCAAAUGAAAACUUAUCAAAGAAAAAAAUGGUUGAUAAUAAUGAUAUUGAAGAUGAUAUUAGAAAAAUUAUCAGUGCUUCAAAACCUAAUCUUAUUACAGAAGAUAAAAGUAUUAAAUCCUCUUCAGAUGUUCAAGAUAUGAAAUCAACUGUAGACACCAAAAGUAAUUUUAAAGCAAGUGAUGGUACAAAGAGUUCACAGAAUAAUAUUGAUAAUAGUAUUGACACAAACCAGAGUGCAGAUUCUGACUCUGGUAAAGCAGAUAAUGAUGCAGAAAUGAAGUGUGAAGAUCCUUUACUUGACAGCAAAAAGGAUGAAAGCAAACGUAGUAUUGAAUCUGAUUUAGAAAAAAUAAGAACCAAUACUCCUGAUACUAUGAUUGAAGCACCAGUUAAAAAUACUUCAGAUGAAGAAAGAAAAACAAGAAAUGGUGGUUUAUCUGGAAAAUCAAAAUCUGAGAAAGGAAGCUCUCAUAAAAAGAAAAACAUUAAAGUGAAAACUCCCAUUCCAGGAAUCAUUCGCAAGCGAGGCCGACCUAGAUUGUCUGAAUCAAAUCAAAAUAUAAAACCCAUUAAAGGCACGUCUUUCUUUGAAUCACAUUCACAUGUUGCUUUCCUUCAAAAUACCUUCUGUUUUGAUGUUGCUUCUAAACUUUCAAAAUGUCGUGAGUGUCGACUUGCAAUGCACAGGACCAACCGCCGCAUGUAUAAUUCAUAUUGUCGUUUUAUGGAAUAUAGAAAAUUAUGUUUCAGCAAAACUGGCCAAAUCUUUAGUGCUGGAUUUUCUCAUCCAUCAGAUGCUACAAAUGAACAUUUAAGUUUAUGGCUUCCUCAACCUCAAGACCCACCGAAAGAUCUAAAUUUUGAGACUGCAAAAUCUUUAUUAGAGCAUACUGGUGACCAGUUUUGUGAUUUAAUUGAGCAAGAAAAAGAGGCCCUCUCUCUCCACAUUGGUGAUCCACAGUUUUUAACUUGGAAAAGAAUUGUACAAGGGGUUCGAGAGAUGUGUGAUGUUUGUUCAACUACCAUUUUUAAUAUACAUUGGGUAUGUCCCACUUGUGGUUUUUCUGUAUGCAUUGAUUGCUAUAAGGUCCGAAAGUUAGGUGUUGUAGAUAAGACUGAAGCAGAUGAGGAACAACCUAAAGAUCGAGAUGAAUUCAACUGGUUGUUAUGCACAAUGCGUCAACCUCAUGAUCAAAAAGGUUUAGUCCUAACUCAAAUGAUUCCUGGUGAUGCUUUAUGGAUUAUGAAAGAUUUAUUGCAUAAAGCUAGGCUAAGAUUAGGCAUACCAUCAUACUGCAAGUGUAAUCCACCAGUGACUUCUACACCUGAUAAAAUAAUUUCCACUGGUAUUAAUAAACAACUGAUGAGUUGUGUCACUAGAUCUUUUACUUCUGAAAGGAAUCAUGGUUUUUCUUUUGAGAAAACCUCUAGGAAUGAUAUUGGCUAUGAUGAUUUAGAUAUUGAAGUAUCUGAUGCUGCUAUGAGAUGGUUAGAAGGAAAUAGCAUGCAUGGAGAUAAUAUGAAUAAUAACUUACCUAUGACAGAUGAUGCCUUCAACAGUUUUGAAGACUUUAAUCUCUUAAGCAAUAGCUUAUUACUUGAUAAUCAAGAUAUUACAUCUGGAUCUGAGAGUGAAGGAGCUACUUUUUCAUUAGAUGAUAUAAUUGCCAGUGUAACAAAAUCUUGCCAAAGUAAAGAUCCUGAAAAAAAUAUUUCUAAGCAAUUUAACAAACGUUAUCCACAGCCUAAAAGUGGCAGAGAUCCACUUCCAAUUCGUAUUUAUACAAAAAUUGAAAGUGAUUUGGCAUUUUCCACUGUCCCGCAUUCUUGGUUUUGUAAUGGAAGGUUACUCUUCUUGGAAAAAUCUGAUCAUAAGGACAAUCUAGCUCUCUUCCAAGAACAAUGGAAGAGAGGGCAGCCAGUAUUGGUUAAAAAUGUCCAAAAAAACUUAGAUAUGACUCUUUGGCAUCCUGAUGGAUUUUGCAGAGAUUUUGGUGAUGUGAAGAAUGACUUGGUAGAUUGUAAAACUGGAGCAAUUCUUAAAAGCCUACCCAUGAGAAGAUUCUGGGAAGGUUUUGAAAAUUUUAGUAAAAGGCUGACAGAUGAAAAUAAUGAGUACAUGCUUUUAAAAUUAAAAGACUGGCCACCUGGUGAAGAUUUUAGUGAAAAACUUCCCACAAGAUUUGAAGAUCUCAUGAAAGGUCUGCCUUUACCAGAAUACACACACAGAAAUGGCAUUCUUAAUUUGGCUGGAAGGCUGCCAUCAUUUUUUGUGCGACCUGAUCUUGGUCCUAAAAUGUAUAAUGCUUAUGGAUCUGCUCUGUAUCCUACAAAAGGAACUACCAAUCUACAUUUAGAUGUAAGUGAUGCUGUUAAUGUAAUGGUUUAUGUUGGCAUUCCUCUAGAUGGGAAUUCUGAGCUUCAUAUUCAAGAAGCAUUGAAAGCCAUUGAUGAAGGAGGUUGCGACUCUUUAAUGAGAGCUAGGGUCCGGCAACGAGACACCAAACCUGGAGCACUAUGGCAUAUAUACAAUGCUAGAGAUGCAGAUAAAAUUCGAGAAUUGCUCAAUAAAGUCGCUGUUGAGAGAGGAGAGAAGUUGGAAGCUCAUAAUGAUCCCAUUCAUGAUCAGAGUUGGUAUUUGGAUACAGAGUUACGUUUGAGACUUUAUAGAGAAUAUGGUGUGGAAGGAUAUGCUAUUGCCCAGUGUCUUGGAGAUGCAGUAUUUAUUCCAGCUGGGGCACCUCACCAAGUGCGAAACUUACACAGUUGUGUGAAAGUUGCCGAAGACUUUGUUUCUCCAGAAAACAUUGCUCAUUGUUUUAAACUAACUCAAGAAUUCAGAAAUUUGUCAGAUACUCACACAAAUCAUGAGGAUAAAUUACAAAUUAAGAAUAUAAUUUAUCAUGUGAUUAAGGAUUCUCUGUCGCAUUUGUUGCCUACAAAUGAAACCAUAAUAACAAGCUAGUGAGUGAUUAUUUUCUCUGCCAUUGUAUGAAAUUUUUCAUUAUUUAUGAAGAUGCCUCAUGAUACUCUAAAAGUGGAAAACUUGCUCUUUUAUGUCAAGUGUGUGAGUUUUAUAUCAUUAUAAAUUACUGUUAUAGUCGGUAUAUUUACCAUUUGUAAAUAUUCUCCAUUUUGUGUUCAUUCACUGUGCUACUUCAAAUUAUAUUUGUGAUUUCAUUGUGCAUUGAAAAAAACCCAGCAAAGUCUUAAAAUACAUUCCUAGGAAUUAUGCAGCAGUUGUUUUCUCUACAUGCUUAAUAUUUUGUUAUCUAUAACAGAUAAGAUACUUUUUCUAUUUAAAUUAUUUGAAAUAAAAUCUAAGUUCAAUUGUACUUGAAAUAAAUUUGUACAAUUUUAAAAACUGUUGGAUGUGCAAUAUUAAUAAGUACUGUAUAUAAGUUUAAUGAAAGAAAAAGAAAAAUGUUUUCCAAUCUUUAUUUACUUUUAAAGCGUGCUUAAGAAAGUAGAGAAGAAGAGAAAAAAAGGAUUACAAAUAAUAAUAAUACUUUGCAAAAACUGAUGUUAAUUCCCCCCCCCCCCUUUUAUAUUACUUUUUAAUAAGUAGCAUUGUAAAGUUGAAUAGUUUAAAUAGAGUUUUCAUGCAGAUUUAUAACUUUAUCUUUAUUACAUUUUUAACUUUUAUAAUUUAAACAAAAUUAUUGUAUUUUAAUAAUGUAAAUUAACUUUUAAAUAUCUUUUAUUAUUAAAAAAAAUUGUUGGUAAAUAUCUUUUACGAUCAAAUUGAUUCACCAUGUUCUUAAUUACAAUUUUAUUUAAAAUAUUUAGAUUUUCUUAUUGCAUUCUCAACUAUCUUUUUUUAUUCCAUGCAUGUUAUUUUUAAAUUUAUUUUGCUAUAAAAUAUUCAAUUAAUAGAAAGC